UCCCGGAAAGCUGGGAACCGAUGGAAUAAUAUCGGUGAGGCUCUCUUAUCUGAUGGUUUCAGUACAGUGAUUGCAUCCCCUGGGGUUAUGCGUGUGUGAAGGCACAGGAUGCGUUGGAGCACGAUGGGGGCUUUCGGGAAGAACAGCCAGGCAGGCACGUGACUCAUGGACCAUGGAAAAAUCACUUUACUUCCUUGUAUGUAGUAAUUGGGGCUCAGUCCUUGAGGCUUGAGUCCCUUGGCCCCGCUUGCACUCUACUCUUGUCUACUGUCUUUCUUAACCUUGCGCAGCCCUUCUCGCUUCCCACUGCUCUUGUGCUGGAUGCGACAUCCGCCCUCAUAUGAGAAACUCCGUUUACACUCACCAGCUCUUGGUAUUAUCACUUUUUUAUUUUAGCCAUCCUGGUAGGUGUGUAGUGCCAUCUCCCUGUGGUUUUAAUUUACAUGUCCCUAAUGGCUAAUGAUGUUGAACAUCUUUUCAUGUGCAUAUCUGUCACCUGUGACAUCGGUGACAUGUCUGCUCGUGCCCUUGGCCCAUUUUCAAAUUGGACUGAGCUACAUUUUAAGCAGGGAUGAGACGCGAUCCCUGUUUUACAAAGAUUACUCUAGUUGCUUUGAAAAUUAACUCAAGCGGCCAAAAGGUCAUACAGGCGGAACAAUUAGGAGAGACGACGAGACGGGGAGCUGAAGCUGGGUUUUAGCGCUAAAGGGAUGCAUUCUGGAACAGUCCUUGGAGGUAGAGUUUACAGGACUUCAAGGCUCUUUACAGAGGGUUGGAGAGAAGGGGAAUCCAGGCUCUGGACUUAAUUUGAGUUGGCUGACAUUGUCCAAAGGGAGAUGUCAGGUUGACUGUUGGAGGGAGAGGUCACAGAUAACGAGCUUGACCUAGGACAGUGGCGCAGGGAGGAGAGGAGGGAUUUGAGAGGCUUUGGGAGGGGGAGGGGGAUUAGCAGGAAGCGAUGACUAGUUGAAUAUCAAAGUGGGGGUGGGGACUCGGGCGCCCAGAAAAUAGAAGCCAACCCAGCCCUGUCCCCAGGGAUGCGCCACGGGGCGGAGGUGCAGGGAGGCCGGGCCACAUUUCUUUGUAAUGUGAGCCAGGCUCCGGCGGAAGGGCGGCCAGGGCCGAGCAAGGGGCCGGCUCCGGGUCUCGGGAGAAACCGCAACAGCUUCGCCCUCCUUCUACCGAGGCCGGGGGACGUCCCGGAGGAGGGUAAUUCCAAGGUCACGUGGAGACGCCAGCAGGCCUUUGGUGAAAGAACUUCGGGGUCUGAAGGACUGGUAUCCUCCAACAGCGCUAGGCAGGAAAGAAGGCGGAGAAGGCGGGGCCUGGUGCGUGGACUCGGAAAUCUUCGGCCCAGACUCGGCAAUCCUGCCCCAACUCCGGCCUCCGGCCUCAGGCCGGGCUGAUCCGGAAACAACCGAGCGGAUCCGGAAACAGCCGAGAGGACCCGGAAGCGGUGAGCGCCGUCACCAGGGAGUGCGGUGCCCCGCCGUUUGCGCAGAGGCGAUGGCGGCAGCUGCGCCGGCGGCCGCGGGCGAGGAUGGCCGACGACUGCGGCCGGGGGCUGUGCUGGAUCCCCAGCCCCAGGAUGAGGUUGAGGCUGAGGCAGGGGAGCUCGGCCGACUUCGGGCUGAGCUGGCAAGUGCCCUGGCAGAAAUGGAGACCAUGAAGGCUGUGGCGGAGGUGAGCGAGAGCACGAAGGCUGAGGCUGUGGCUGCAGUGCAACGGCAAUGCCAAGAAGAGGUGGCCUCGCUGCAGGCCAUCCUGAAAGACUCCAUCAGCAGCUACGAAGCCCAGCUCACUUCUCUGAAGCAGGAGCGGCAGCAGCAGCAGCAGGACUUCGAGGAGAAGGAGCGGGAGCUGGGCCACCUGAAGCAGCUGCUGUCGCGGGCUCACCCCCUGGAUUCCUUGGAGAAGCAGAUGGAAAAGGCCCAUGAGGACUCGGAGAAGCUUCGAGAGAUCGUGUUGCCCAUGGAGCAGGAAAUAGAGGAGCUGAAGGCGAAACUGCUGAGGGCAGAAGAGCUGAUCCAAGAGAUCCAGAGACGUCCCCGGCACCCUCCUUCCCUGCACGGCUCUGCGGAGUUGCUGUCUCUCUCCCGGGACUCGUCUCCCCCACUGGAGCCUCUGGAGGAGCUGAGUGGAGACGGGGGUGCGGCGGCCGAGGCAUUUGCCCACAACUGUGAUGACAGCGCCUCCAUCUCCUCCUUCUCCCUUGGCGGGGCCGGCAGCAGCACCUCCAUGCCCCGCAGCCGCCAGGGCUUGAGCCCUGAGCAAGAAGAGACAGCCUCUCUGCUGUCCACGGGGACCCUGGUCCCUGAGGGCAUCUACCUGCCCCCUCCUGGUUACCAGCUUGUUCCCGACACCCAGUGGGAGCAGCUGCAGGUGGAGGGGCGGCAGCUGCAGAAGGACCUGGAGAGCAUCAGCCGUGAGCGGGAUGAACUGCAAGAGGGCCUGAGACGAAGCAACGAGGACUGUGCCAAGCAGAUGCAGGUGCUCCUGGCCCAGGUCCAGAACUCAGAGCAGCUGCUACGGACCCUGCAGGGAACUGUGAGCCAGGCCCAGGAGCGGGUUCAGUUGCAGAUGGCAGAGCUCGCCACCUCCCACAAGUGCCUGAGCCACGAGGUAAAGCGGCUGACUGAGGAAAACCAAGGGCUCCGGGCCGAGCAGCCGCCCUCGCCAGCCCCCUGGGUUCCGGAGCAGGAGGAGUCACUGCCCAGCUCGAUCACGGAGCUACAGCAGCUGGUGCAUCGCACGCGGCAGGAGGCCCGGGCCCAUCAGCAGGCCCGGGAGCAUGAGGCCGAGCGCCUUCGGAUUGAGAUCGUGACCCUGCGGGAAGCGUUGGAGGAAGAGACUGCAACAAGGGCCAGCCUAGAGGGGCAGCUGAGGGGGCAGCGGGAGGAGACAGAGGUGUUAGAGGCCUCCCUGUGCAGCCUGAGGACAGAGAUGGAGCGGGUCCAGCAGGCCCAGAGCAAGGCCCAGCUCACAGACCUCCUCUCAGAACAGAAGGCAAAAGUGGUGCGGCUGCAGGCUGAGCUGGAGACCAGUGAGCAGGUGCAGAGGGAUUUCGUUCGGCUGUCCCAGGCCCUGCAGGUGCGCCUGGAGCGGGUCCGCCAGGCAGAGAGUCUGGAGCAGGUGCGCCGUAUCAUGGACGAGGCACCCCUGAGGGACGUCAGGGACAUCAAGGACACCUGAGGGGCCGGAGCCCACCCACCCUGGGGAGACUACCUUUCUCCACUGCAGAGCUACGAGGCCUAGGCUUUGGGGGGUCUCAGGAUGGAGUCUUCUCCCUCUCCAAGCCUGGGGUCCAGGGGACAGGUCCACCACUGCCCUGCCCCCCCAAGGACUCCUCCCAAGAGUGGCCAGGCCUCCAGCUCCCAAGGACGACACUGGGUGAAGGUCCCAACUCCCUCCUGGAACCAAAGGUGCAGGCUCAGCCCUGUGGCUUUCUGGCUGCUAUGCUGC